AUGGACGCUGAAAAACUUAAAGAAUCAAGAUCGGCCAGUCGUUCCCACUUAUUGUACACUGCUGACGAUCAGUAUCUUCUGUCAGGUCUUGGCUCAGGUCAAGCGGAGAACGAAGCUGACCACACCGGCGACAGUAAUGGGACGAAGUUCCAGCUUAACAAAUACAAAGGGGCAUCCAAGGACUUUAACUACGGCAAUAUCCCUAAAAAAAUGUCGAGUUAUGAGUUAAAAAGUAACAAAUACAAGAAGGCUUUAAACGCAACAGAUCCACUCAAAAGGGUUAACAGUAUGUACUCGCCGAAGAGUGUAUACGAGGAGUUGCAAAUGGUCAGAAGAGUGAAGCUGCCUAAAGCACUGCUGAGCCUACACCACGUGCUGCAGGAGUUUGACGAUUCGGGAGAAGAUCUGUCGCAGCUGGCUCAAGUCUCAAAAUACCUGCCAUACAUAUCGGACAACAAACUGGUUAAAAUUGAGCCACAACUUCUAUACACGAGAAGUAAGUCCAGCGCAUCAAGCGUGGAUUCAAACGAACACUACUCACCGUCACACAGCAUCAACCAGGACUACUACAACACCUUCAACAAAGACGCAAACUACACAAAUAAAAUGAGAAUUGGACUCCUGCUGAGCGGAGGACCAGCACCAGGAGGGCACAACGUAAUAGCGGGAGUCUUCGAUUACCUGAAAUCAAGGAAUCCGGAGAGCCAACUCGUGGGAUUUAUAGGAGGACUGGACGGACUUAAGUAUAAGCGCUACCACGUCAUCUCUGAGGAGAUCAUGGACCAAUAUCGCAACCUGGGAGGAUUCAACAUGCUCCUUAGCGGAAGAGGAAUGAUAGGGUCGAAGGUGGAAUUUGACAUGGUGGUCAAGACAGUGACGGAGCUGGAGUUGGACGGUCUCAUCAUAGUGGGAGGAGACGGCUCAAACUCAAACGCAGCGAACAUAAGCAACUACCUGGCGCACUACUACGCAACAAUGACGACGGAAAGCUUCUUUAAGUCGAAGGAAAGGUGCGUGGUGGUGGGAGUGCCGAAGACGGUGGACGGAGACAUCAGGUCGAAGAACAUAGAAAUCACGUUCGGGUUCGACACGGCAGCGAGAACGUACUCGGAGCUGAUAGGGAACCUGUGCACAGACGCAGUGAGCACGCAGUACAACUACCACUUUGUGCGCAUCAUGGGAAGGAGCGCGUCCCAUCUGGCGCUGGAGUGCGCACUGCAGACGCACCCGAACAUGCUGCUGGUGAGCGAGGAGGUGUCGCAGAAGAACAUCUCGCUGCAGCAAAUCGUGGACGACAUCGUAGACCUGAUGCAGAAGAGGUACGAGCUAGGAAAGACGUUUGGAGUGAUACUGAUUCCGGAGGGCCUGAUAGAGUUCGUGCCGGACUUCAAGGUGCUGAUACAGGAGCUGAACCAAGUAGUGGGACACACAGUGGGCCAGGAGGGCUCAAAAAAUCUGUUGUACGAAGAAGGAAAAAUCAAUUUUGACGUUAACCUGCUGGACAGAAGCAGGAAGACGUGGGAGUUCCUGCCGCCGAACAUACAGGAGCAGCUGCUGAGCGACAUUGAGUCGAGCGGCUCAAUCAUGGUGGCAAAAAUCGCAACGGAAAGCUUGUUGAGUAUGCUCGUGGUGUCGAGAAUCGAGAGCAGAGGCCUGAAGCACCUGCUCGAAAUCGACUUCAUGACACACUACUUCGGAUACGAAGGAAGGUGCGCAAUACCCUCGGAGUUCGACUCGUCGUACUGCUACUCGCUAGGGUACACGUCAGCAGUGCUGAUAGCGCAGAAGAAAAACGGAUACAUGGCAGCAAUCAGAGACCUGAAGAACAGCAUCGAGGACUGGGUGCCGCUGGGAAUACCGUUCACGAACCUGAUGACGCUGACGGAGACGAUGCACCCGGAGCUGGCAGAUCUGGCGGAAAUGCUGGCGAAGGAUAAGCAAAACGACAGUGCAGCAUUGCAGACAGGUCAGAGCAAGAAGGACGCGAAGAGCGAGAAGACGAUAAACCUGGACAAGAGAGUAGGAUGCUCAAUCAAGAAGACGCUCCUGGACCUGGAAAACGACCUAUUCAAGGCGUUCGACCAGGUGAGGGAAGUGUGGGCGUACGCAGACCUGUACAGAAACCCGGGACCAAUACAGAUAGUAAACUCGAGUAACACGCCAGCGUCGUCGAACCUGUCUGAGUACCUUGACAGCUACAAGAACGUGGUGGCGGAGGCAGACGAAGCGAGUAACUAUAGCCACACCUUCAGAAACGGGAACAACGGAACAAAUGGAACAAACGGAACGAACGGAAGCGAGGGAGAAGAAGUGCAAGAGUCGAUAGAGAGGCGGUGCUACACACUACAGACGCCGUCGCUGAAGGAGCUGCUGGGAGACCACCCGUUCGAGCAGACGAACCGAAGCCUGAGAGUGAAGGACAAGUCGUUCAUGAGCGACCUGGAAAAAACUAGACUGGAAGUAGUGCCGGAGAUUCCGAUCGUGUGCUACGACCCGAAGGCAAGAAUGAUCCCGUUCAAAAAGCAGUUUGACUCAGACCAGUACGUGAAAAAUCAGAUCAUGCUGAACUACCCGUACCAGCACAAGACGAACCACUUCAACCAGUACGAGCUGGUGCCGAACAACCAAGUGCACCCGCUGGGGCCAGUCCCGAGAGAAGUGAGGAGCAGCAACGACAGCACGGGAAGCAAGGACACUAUGGCAGCGACAGAGCAGGCGAAAGAAGACCAGGAGAAGCAGAUGAGAAUAGGAAUCGUGCCAGUGGGAAAGCACGCGCCAGGAAUACUCAACGUGUUCUGGGGAAUCUACGAACGCACGAAGAAGCAGGGAGGCACGUGCUUCGCAUUCCACGGAGUGCGCGGCCUCAUGGAAAAGUCGUACAUAGAGCUGGAGGACGAGGACUUCGACUGCUUCAAAAACCAGGGAGGUCUGGAGCUGGUGCUGAGAAGCAAGCGCUCGUUCCUGCACAAGCAGGAGAGAAUAGAAAUGGCACUAAACACGUGCACGACGCUGGACCUGGACGGCCUGGUGAUGCUGGGCGACGAGAUGAGCAUGACGCAGGCGUCGCUGGUGACGGAGUACUUCAUGAGCAGGAACAGCAAGACGUGCGUGAUCGGAGUGCCGGUGGCAGGAGGGAACUCGCUGGGAGGAAACCUGAUCGAGGCGUGCGUGGGCUUCGACACGAACGCGAGGAUCUACGCCUCGCUCGUCGGCAACGUGCUCACGGACGCAAUCUCGAUGCCGAAGUACUGGCACUUCGUUAAGAUACUGGGCAGGUACCCGUCAAUAGAAGUGCUCGAGUGCGCACUGCAGACGCACCCGAACGUGGUGAUCAUCGCGGAGGAGUACAGGAACUCGGACAAGACGCUUUUCGACAUCGUGGACGAGAUCGCGAACGCAGUGGUGAAGAGAAGUAAGCUGGGCAAGAACUUCGGAACGGUGCUGAUCCCAGAUCACCUGGUGCUGCACCUGCCGAACACGAAGAACAUGCUGCAGGACGUGGGCAACGUGAUCAACACGGCGCAGCAGAUGAACAAGAAGAAGGAGGCGAUUGAGCAGCUGCUCAACUACAGCACGUUCCCGAGCAACGGAGGACACAAGGAGGACACGGGCGACGAGUUCGUGAAGAUGAUCACGCCCUGGAGCCUGGCAGUAUUCGCGAGCUUCCCGGACUACAUCAGGCGCGAGAUCCUGAACCUGGACUUCGGAGAGGUGACGCUCGAGUCGCUGCAGAUCGAAGUCAUGCUCGCGAAGAUGGUGAAGGAGGAGCUGGCGGAGCGCCAGAAGCGCGGCGAGUACGCAGGCAACUACGCAGCAGUCACGCACUACUUCGGAUACCAGGGCAGGUGCGCAAUGCCGAGCGAGUUCGACUGCUCGCUGGCAUUCGCAUACGGACACCUGGCGGCAAUCUGCGUGGAAAGCAGGCUCUCGGGCUUCUGCUGCUCCAUCAGAGCAGUAUGCGGCUCAGUGAAGGACUGGAAGCUAUUCGCGGCGCCCUUCACGUGCAUGAUGAGGAUCGCCCCCGACUCGUUCAAGAUGCUCAUGAACCCGAAGUCGGAGGUGCCGAUCAUCCCCUCGAAGCGCGUUAACCUGCACAGCAAGGCCUUCAAGAACCUGAAGUCGGCCCGGAAGAAGUGGCUCAUCGAGGACCUCUUCAACAACCCGGGCCCGAUCCAGUUCAACGCCUUCGUGGGCACGCAGAACAUCACGCUCAUCACGGAGCACUCGCAGUACUACCACAUGAUCACCUCGGUGGAGCGCUUCACGGAGAUCAUCAAGAACCUGUGCAAGUUCGGCGUCUCCGAGGAGUACCUGCACCACGCGUUCAUACAGCUCUGGGGGCUCAUCAAAAUCACCCAGGACAAGAACCAGCUCAUAUCACUCUCGGAGGACUUCAAGCUGCUGUGA